GAGGGGCUUCAUUCUCAACCCAAAGAUUCAGGCUAACGCAUCCACCCCAUUUUAGAGUCAAGGAAAAGGGGAAGGUACCAGGGCACCAGACUCCCCACAGUGUCCAUGUUUCUUCUGUCAUGUCUAUGCGUAUCUGAGCGUACUACCCACCGCAACCAACCAGCAAAUCAAGGCCGGAACUAGGAUCUAUCUAUUUACCACAGGACUGUCAGGAACGGUUUUAGACGUAAAGGUUUGUCCUAUUCGUCAUCAUGUUCUGAGAAAAAUCAUCUCAUCAUUCCAGGUUUUGAAAAUCCAACUCAAACUGAAAAACAUUUCCACGUUGAUGAACCAAGCGUCGGUCAUGUUCUGCACCUGACCAGCAGUAGCCUCUAUUCUCGGCACGGACUGUUACCACGACGGCAACUUUUAGAAGAAGUUAAACCCUCUCAUUGACUGAGUGGAGGGAAAAGCGAAAUCUUGAAUCGAAUAAAGUUUUUCCGUUUCUUCCCAUUUUUAUCUGCAUUACAAAGGCGAAACGGCGACUUCCAUUGAUUACCCGUCUUUCCUUUGCUAUCCGAUGGAUAUUCACUGCAAAGUAGACCCGUUCUCAGCGAUGCACCGGCACGGCGGUGUGAACCAGCUAGGCGGGGUGUUUGUCAACGGCAGACCCCUACCUGACGUGGUGAGGACAAGAAUCGUAGAACUCGCGCACCAAGGAGUGAGACCCUGUGACAUUUCGAGACAACUACGGGUCAGCCACGGCUGUGUCAGCAAAAUACUGGGCAGAUACUACGAGACCGGAAGUAUAAAGCCAGGAGUUAUUGGUGGGUCCAAACCGAAAGUGGCGACUCCAAAGGUUGUGGAUAAAAUAGCGGACUACAAGCGCCAGAAUCCGACCAUGUUCGCGUGGGAAAUCAGAGACAGACUGUUAGCUGAGGGCGUCUGUGACAACGACACGGUUCCAAGCGUCUCGUCCAUUAACAGGAUAAUACGAACAAAAGUCCAGCAGCCUUUCCACCCGUCUCCAGAUGGAACAUCCCUGUCUGCCCCAGGCCACACCAUGGUACCGAGCCAGGCCUCUCCACCUGUAACAAGCCCUUCCAACGACCCUGUGGGGUCCUACUCCAUCAACGGCAUCCUGGGUAUUCCCCGGUCGAAUGGUGAGAAGAGGAAACGAGAUGAAGAUGGUUCAGAUGGGUCUGGCCCAAACACUGAUUCUCAGGUUAGUGUGGACAGUUUACGGAAGCACCUGCGGGCCGAUGCUUUCACUCAGCAGCAGCUGGAAGCUUUGGACCGGGUCUUUGAGCGCCCGUCGUACCCCGACGUCUUCCCGACCUCGGAGCACAUCAAACCAGAACAGGCUAACGAGUACUCCCACUCCCACUCCCUGUCCUCCCUGAAUCCUGGUAUGGACGGCGAGGUCAAACCCAGCCUGUCCUCCAGCAGUAACCAGAACCUGGGCCCCAGUGUCUCUGUGACGCAGAGCUACUCUGUAGGUCGAGACAUGGCCAACACAACCCUACCGGGUUAUCCCCCUCACGUACCCCCCACCGGCCAAGGCAGCUACCCCACCUCAACACUGGCCGGAAUGGUUCCUGGGAGUGAGUUUACAGGAAACCCUUACAGUCAUCCACAGUACACGACCUACAACGAGGCAUGGCGGUUCAGCAACCCAGCAUUACUAAUGCCACAUCCAGAGGUUCCGGACCACCUACUGCUGCCACGGCAUAUGACCGCCACUAGUUACCAUGGAAACCAAAUCAACCACCACCACCACCACCUACACCAUGACUACAACCAUGGCUUCGGCAGCGUCCAUGUUGCCCCGGUGUGAACAGAGGGCAUGAGGGGAUACCGUUAAGACAGCUAACAGGCAGCUCCAUUUCCUGUAUAUCACACUACUACACACAACAGAAGAAGAACGGUCCUCCUGGAUACCACACUACUACACACAACAGAAGAAGAACGGUCCUCCUGGAUACCACACUACUACACACAACAGAAGAAGAACGGUCCUCCUGGAUACCACACUACUACACACAACAGAAGAAGAACGGUCCUCCUGGAUACCACACUACUACACACAACAGAAGAAGAACGGUCCUCCUGGAUACCACACUACUACACACAACAGAAGAAGAACGGUCCUCCUGGAUACCACACUACUACACACAACAGAAGAAGAACGGUCCUCCUGGAUACCACACUACUACACACAACAGAAGAUGAACGGUCCUCCUGGAUACCACACUACUACACACAACAGAAAAAUACCUGAUCGUUCGGGAUACCAUGCAGACAACUUCCCAUCAACCAUGAAUUUGGAUACCUUCAAAGUAGUGAAAAAUGUAAAAUUCUUCGUUCUGAUCUGCGUGACUGUACAUUACCACUAGAGACUUUGAAAGACUAUAUAUACGUGAUACUACUGAGGUUACUGAGGUAAAAAAAAAAAAAAAAAAAAAACUAAAAGUUUUGAAAAUGAAAAGGAGGAAUUUGUAUCUUUUCCUUUUUUGUAAUGGUCCUCCGUUUGUUUUCCUCCUUGGUGGAUCAAAACAUUACAUUACUUGACUGAUCUGUCGGCUGACGGAGGAACCCGUCCUGAGCUGAGAGUCCAGUACAGUAUAGUAGCAGGCUGUUGUUCCCUUCCUUCUGCAUCGGUCUGAACCUUCUACUCUACGGGCAGUGCAAUGAGAUCAAAGCUAAAGACAUUGGCGUCGAUGCGACUAAGGCUGCCGCAGCUUGGUUCCACUCCUCUAUUACAAACAAACGUACAGUCAUUUUUGUAACCAACCAAACGUUCAAGCAUGAUUAAAUGAAUCAGUUGCUUUUUUUGAUGAUGAUGCCAGGAGCAGAUUAUAAGGCGGUGUUCUCUGUGAUACACAAUCAGACGGAGGGAAAAUGAAAAGAAAACAAGAAAACGCUGAAUUGAUAAAUGAGAAGGACAUUGUGACAUACCGUGGUCUUCUAAUUUACAAGUUUUAAAAAUAAAAAAAAACCUAGUAAAUAUAUUCUUAAAGAUUUUUUUAUUUUGUUUUUAUAAUUGUUAUUGACAUCUUAAUGAAUUGCAAAUAAUAUGCUUGACUUUUUGAGUGUUGUCAUUUUUAUUUGUCAGGAUACUAGAAAUAAUCAGGCAGAAUCUAUUUUGUAUUUGUUUUUAAUUUUGCACUAUUUUUUGAGUUUUGACACACUGGGAGCGCUAUUAUGCAGACUUUGACCUGGAGGUUUGACACACUGGGAGCGCUAUUAUGCAGGCGUUUGAACCUGGAUGCCUAUUUGUCUUGUUUUACAGUAUGUUAUUACGUUGAAGAACCGUUCAAAGGAAGAAGAAACAAAUAACCAUGACAUCAUCACGACAUCAUCACGACAUCAUCACGACUUCAUCGCGACAUCAUCACGACAUCAUCACGACAUUAUCACGACUUCAUCACGACAUCAUCACGACUUCAUCACGACUUCAUCACGACAUCAUCACGACAUCAUCACGACUUCAUCACGACAUCAUCACGACUUCAUCACGACAUCAUCACGACCUCAUCACGACAUCAUCACGACAUCAUCACGACUUCAUCACGACUUCAUCACGACCUCAUCACGACAUCAUCACGACUUCAUCACGACAUCAUCACGACAUCAUCACGACUUCAUCACGACAUCAUCACGACAUCAUCACGACUUCAUCACGACAUCAUCACGACUUCCAUCAUCACGACUUCAUCACGACAUCAUCAAGACAUCAUCACGACUUCACCGUGACCUUUUGGUCUGGAGAGGCACUUCAGAUGUCGCUGCUUUCUGUUGACCGUUUCCUUGACUUCCCAGUAGCAUUAUGUCUGGAGACGCUUUGGUAACACUACUGCAAUUCCCCCAGUUUGUCUCUACCUUAUGUAGUACGCUUACUAUCCACACAUACUCAACCCGGGAAGUUAGCUAGCUAACAUUUUAAGUUUGAACCUAAGUCUUUGGCAUUAAGAUAUAGCAUAACAUUUGCUCAAUUAACUAUUUUUCUUUGACUAACUAAUUAAAUCAUUAAUAGUCAAGUUUAAUGGUUAUUGCUUGCAUCCUGCAUGGCACCCGAUUCCCUUUAUAGUGCACUACUUUUGACCAGAAGUAGUGCACUACGUAGGGAAUAGGGUUCCAUUUGAUACGCAGAAAUAGUAUCGUUAGUAUAGUUAUUUAAUUCUGAUGUGGCCUUCAUCACAUAAUGAUGUGUCAACAAAAGUUUAAACUAAAAAGCAAAGGCAAAGAUUUCAGUUAAAUGCCUUAAUCAUAUGCAGGUUGUUGUUGUUUUUUUUUUGUCAAGGUUUCAACUUCCUAUAUAUAUUUUUUCUUUUUCGUUUUGUCGUAUAAGACGUCAUGUGACUUAUCCAGUUGGUUUGUCUUGAAAUCACACCGGUAACACCGACCUGGCUGGAAGAAUGGGAAAAAAACGUGAUUAAACAUGACCUUACAUCGUUUAACUGUCAAGUGAAUGUAUUUUUUUACCACAUUUGCCAAAGACUUUAGUUCUUGUUCUUGUUUCUUCUAUGUACAGCCUGCAUACGUCUGCAUUGUGAGAGCAGUAUUAUAGGGAGAAAACACACACAACUUGUCCCGUUAAUGAAAGUACAUGUAUCAAUUCUAUGCAGAGCAGAGAACGGUCGUCAUUAUUAUGCAUAUUUAGCUGUAAAAACCCAUAGGAAGGUGAUUGAAUUUAUUUAAUGUUAUGUUAUUUACAAAACUGUUGAUUUAUUUGUAGAAUAAUUUGUGUAUAAUGUGAAAACACUUGACUUUCACUCUGUAAAUACAGUCAAAUAAUAUGUACAUCUCUGAUCAUCUGUAAUAUGCCCUCUCGUCCACUGGAGUCUCACUGGUACAGUUCAAUAAUAAAGUGUCUAAACUCUUCUAA